GGCGUGUUUACCUCGGUCAGAGUAGUGAGUGUGAUGCCUCUUCCCUGCUAAUGUGCUUAUGGUCUCUUGGACUGCAACUUCAGAAAGCAUGGCGUACAUACUAAAGACACUCAACAGCUGGUUCUGGUGGGAGAAUAUCUGGAUGCCCAUCAACUGCACCUGGGCAGAUUUUGUAGACCGUGAUGGACUUGUCUUUCCCAAACCACAUCAGCUGUAUGCCACAAUCCCAUACGCUUUUGUAUUGCUGAUCAUCCGAUUCUUCAGUGAAAGAUAUGUUGCUAUACCUCUAGCAAAAGCCUUGGGUAUAAAGAAUGUAAGACGUGUGAAGCCACAGCCUAAUCCUGUGUUAGAGAGUUAUUUCCGGGAGUGCUCAAGACAUCCAUCCCAAUCAGAUAUCAAAGGCCUUGCCAAAAAGUGCAACUGCACCGUCCAUUUGGUGGAGAAAUGGUUCAGGAGACGGCGAAACCUCGAGAUCCCAACAGUGCUCCAGAAAUUCAAGGAAGCUUUCUGGCGAUUUUCAUUCUAUCUGACAUCCUCCAUUGUUGGAUUUAUAUUUCUGUAUGAUAAACCCUGGUUUUACGACAUCUGGCAGACGUGGGUUGGUUAUCCUUUUCAGACCUUGCUGCCAUCCCAGUACUGGUACUACAUGGCCGAGAUCGGGUUUUACUGGUCUCUCAUAUUUACCCUUGGGAUUGAUAUCAGACGGAAGGAUUUUAUGGCUCACGUCGUUCAUCACCUGGCAGCCAUCGGGUUGAUGAGUGGCUCUUGGUGUGGCAAUUACGUGCGGCUUGGAACUCUGGUGAUCUUCGUGCACGACACUGCAGAUUUCUGGCUCGAGGCAGCCAAAAUGUUUAAUUAUGCUCGCUGGGAGAAAACCUGCAACAUGCUGUUUAUCAUCUUUGCUAUUGCAUUCUUCAUCACCAGGAUGAUCCUGUUGCCCUUCUGGAUUCUUCGUGCCACACUCUAUCAGCCUACCUACUACUCCACAACUCCUGUCAUAGCAUAUUUUUUAUUCAAUGGGAUGUUAUUAAUACUCCAAGGCUUGCAUUUAUAUUGGGGUUACUUAAUUUUCAAGAUUUUGAAAAGAUUCGUUUUCCUAAAGGACUUGAAAGAUGAUCGGAGUGAUGAAGAGGAGGAAGAUUCUGUUACAGACACUGAAGAGGAGUCCACAAAGAGUGGCAGCAAGAACAGCAGUGGGUCAAGCAAACACCUGCUAAACAGCAGUCACCACUAGCCCUGUCCUGCCUCACAUCCUGCAGUGAUUCCUGCUUGGGUUUUAGCCCAGCCUACAGGACAGGAUUUAAAUCAAAAGGCUUGUGAGAGACUGUGAUUGAUUUAUUGUUGGCUACUGGACCUGGAAAAAAGCCCAGUUUAGAGGGGAGGGAGAAAUUGCAUAACAUGACAAAACGUGUUAAUGACCCACUUUCGGAAUCAUUGCGGAGUGUGUGGAAAGAUGUUUGGACACGCUGACUGACAGUGCUCCACAAGGGCAAAGCUCAAGAGAGUCAAGUAAUUUAGUGUCCUCUUGAUUCUAAUGUUGUUUUUCAAUCUGAUAUAAGAUAUAUUUCAUCAAACAAUUUAAAUCACAGAUGUUUUGUGGUAGGUAGGUAGUGUGAACUCCAUUAGGAACCAGAAUUACUCAAUGUGGGAAAAAUUUGACAGUCCUGUACAGUGACUGGCAUUUUGUCUUUAUUUUUCAGUUUAAGCCCUCAUCAAAAUGGGUAUUUUUCUGAGUUAUAUUUAAUUUCCUGGAGGCCAGAGGAAGCAAACAUGGAGAAAUUCAAAUUACUUGUCUGUGAAGGGUUGGCCAAGUCUUACAUUAUUAUGAUAAUAUAGUCUUUCUCUGAAGUAAUAGAUAGCUGAAAUAUUAUGUCAAGGAAGUCACUGUUAAAACAGCAAAACUCAGCCCAAAUUCUCAGCUGCACUCUAAGCUUCUCAAAUGUCCUUCAGUCAUUUUGGCCCAGUGUUAGAACAGAAGGUGCAGAGGGGAGAGAAGAGGGGAAAUGGAAAUUGGGUCUUUUCACAGAUUCUUGUGCACUUACCUGUCUUCAAAACUGCCAAACACCCUCUGCUCCUCGGUCAUCUUCAGAUCAGAAAGUUAAAACUAAAUCUCAUCCAUUCUCUUCUCAUGACCUUGUCUCAGCUUUGGAUACUGCCUUCUCUGGAAUGAGGCCACCAAGUUCUGAUUUGUGGUUCUGGAGUGGCACUGCAGGUGCCUGGGCACUGGGGAGCACGGGACUGGCACAGGAUCUCACACUGUCAGUCACUGCUGUGGGUUCAUUUGAUACCAGGAUCUGUAUUUCCAUCUCUGCUCUUUUAUAAAUGGGGAAUCACAUCAACUAUACCCAAACCUAUAUGUAUG